AUGGACGAUUGGGAUACCAAAGUUGUCAUUGGCUCCAAGCGCAACGUCGCAAAGGUCACCAAGAAGGAUUCCGACCUCAAUGGUUCGGUUGUCGCCACCGAUAAAAAAAUAUCUGCUGGCGGAAACAAGGCCCACCAAGGCACCGACCAUCAGCGUAUAGCCAAACUUGACAGAGAGAACGAAGUCGCCCCUCCAGCUAAAGUUGCACCCUCAGUUGGACGAGCAAUUCAAGACGCCCGCCUUGAGCUCAAGCUUUCGCAAAAGGACGUCGCUCAGAAAGUUAACGAGAAACCUUCAGUUAUCCAGGAUUACGAAUCAAGUAAAGCUAUUCCUAAUCCUCAGAUUCUUGGUAAACUUGAGCGGGUUCUCGGCGUCAAACUUCGGGGCUCCGACAUUGGGAAAAAGCUGUCAGAGCUCAAGAAAUCAUAG